AUGUCGAAAAUCAACAAUCUUGAGUAUGCUGCCCUCAAUCUCUCCGGAGACAAUUACUUUCAAUGGGUACUUGACACCAAGAUCAUCUUGAAAUCCAAAAACCUUGGUGCUUGUAUCACUGAUGGCAAUGAGUCAUCUGAGAAUGAUAGAUACAGUGCGAUCUUAAUCAUACGCCAUCACCUUGCUGAAAGUCUCAAAGACCAAUACCUAACUAUAGUCUCAAAGUUGAAACUGUGUGGAGAGACUAUAACUGAUGCUGACAUGUUAGAGAAGACAUUCUCUACAUUCCACACAAGCAAUGUUUUGCUUCAGCAACAAUACCGAGAAAAGGGUUUCUCCACCUAUGCAAAUUUGAUCUCUUGUUUGUUGCUGGCUGAGCAAAACAAUGAGUUACUCAUGAGGAAUAGUGAGAUGAGGCCUCCUGGUGCUAAGGCAUUACCUGAGGCACAUGCGGCCAUAGAGCCAAAAGAUGAGUCUCCAAAGAAAGAGUCAAACCAUGGCCGUAUGAGAGGCCGUGGAAGAUGGCAAGGUCGUAACCGUGGGUUUCAACCACGUGACCGUGGGUUUCAACCACGUGACCGUUGGUUUCAACCACGUGACCGUGGGUUUCAACCACAUGAACACCUUGGUAGUAGCCGAGGCCGAGGAUAUGGCCGAGGUAAUGGCCGAGGGUAUCAACCUAGCCGUGGGUAUAAGUCCGACUUCAAAACCCAUGGCUCGACCAAAUCUUCUUGCCAUCGGUGUGGGAUGACCAAUCAUUGGGCCAACCGAUGCAAAACUCCCAGUCAUCUUGUUAAACUCUACCAGGAGAGCAUAAAGGGAAAGAACCCUGUGGCCCAUUGGGUCCAUCAUGAUGAUGAGAAUGAUCUCGACCAUGAGGAUGUUCAAGCCCAUGACAAUGAUGAUCAGACUGAAUUUGAGACUUCAGAUAUCCUUAAAGAGGCCAAUUAA